CCGCAGCUUCAUCACACAUGGAUAUACAAGCUCUUCACCACAGAACCGAACCUGAUCCACUCCCGGUUCUGUAGAAUUUGCAGAUAACUCAACUACCCUCAGCUCCUCUGAACUUAUCUGAGCUUCUGUGGGUUUUAAUGAGGUGGGCGGCGGAUCAGUGCUUUUGAAAGUUUUGAGCUCCACAUGGUGAGUGAAUCUUCUUCUGAGUGAUUAUCAGACCGGAACAGUAGCAGCUCGCGCGCGCAGGUCUAUAGGAGUGAUUUGUGUUGAGUUUAGAGCAACUGGACUUUUGAGUUUUGAGAAGAUUGCAAGAAGAUUGCAAGAAGAUUGACUGGAAAUAAACCAAAAACUAAAACUAAAAAAGAUGAAAAUGAAGAUGCUAAAAGCUUCACAAGCUUGAAAUCAGAACAAAAACGCAAUCUAAACCCAACCAGAGGAUGAAGACCCACUGAGCGCUUUAGGGACCUGCGCUCCAUAAAAGCUGGAACUACAACAACUUCCAAACUCCCGCAAAAGUUUGGAGAUGCCUCGCCCGGGCAGAAACACGUACAGCGAGCAGAAGCCGCCAUACUCCUACAUCUCGCUCACCGCCAUGGCCAUCCAGAGCUGCCCGGAGAAGAUGCUGCCGCUCAGUGACAUCUACAAGUUCAUCAUGGAGCGCUUCCCGUACUACCGCGAGAACACGCAGCGCUGGCAGAACUCCCUGCGCCACAACCUCUCCUUCAACGACUGCUUCAUCAAGAUCCCGCGGCGGCCCGACCAGCCCGGGAAGGGCAGCUUCUGGGCGCUGCACCCGCGCUGCGGGGACAUGUUCGAGAACGGGAGCUUCCUGCGGCGCCGCAAGCGCUUCAAGGUGGCGCCCGCCGCGGACCCGCUGAUACGGAGCAAGGCUGCGGCGGAGGCGGCGCACUACCUGCAGCAACAACAGCGGCAACAACAGCAACAGGAGGCCAAGCUGAGAUUAAGCGCGUUGGCCGCUACCGCCGCCGCAGCCGCUGCAGCCGCCGCAGCCGCCACCACGCACCUGCCGACCCCCAUCGGCGGAUACCACCACCACCACUUCACCACCUCCCCUCCCCAUCAUCCUUCUCUUCAUCAUCCUCCUCCUACUACUACUCUUCUUCAUCCCCCCGCUGUGUUUAAACAUCCUUUCGCCAUCGAGAACAUCAUCGCCCGGGAGUUCAAAGCGCCCGGAGGAGGGUUGCCCUUCCCGCCCGCGCAGCACGCGACCCCGGCCUACCCUCUGCACGCAUGGCCGCACGUGUACGGAAGCAGUGCCGGUACCGGCGACGGAGGCGGUAUGGAUAUUACCGCUGCUGAGUGCCCGACUUACGGAGGAGGGGUUCCUAUUAGAGCAGUGCCCGCCGUUCCCGCUGUGCCCGUGCCCAUCAAACCCGCCCAUCUCCCGGCGUUCCUGUCGGUCUCGAGCGCCGCGCUGAGCCCCGUCGGACUUCAGGGCACUGGAGGCGCGAGCGGAGCUUCUCCCCAACAGAGCGCGGCGGCGGCAGCACUGCGGUCUGUCGCUGUUCACUGAUUCACUGAGAGACCCAGAACUUUCUUUCCAGAACUGAGAACUGAACAAUCCGAACCGAACCGUUUUAAACCUGAAGCCACAAACCUAAAAAAACCAACUGUUUUCUUUUUUCAACUCAAAUAGACACUGUUUAAUAAGAAUAAUUAGAAUUAGUGUAAUAAUUCAAAGCGUAUACUUGAGUUGAAUAAACCAAAUCCAGCUUUUUUCCCGGUUUAAGGAACUAAACAACAUAUUUUACAGUGUUGGACCCUCUGAUAUGGGAUUCUACAACUUUGUAACACGUGCACAAAAAAAAUCCAGUUUAAUUUACUUACAGUAUAUGUGCUGUAAAAAAUAUAUAAAUAAAAUAUUUAGAAACAUGAACUGGCAACUGAACUGAACUUUAGCUCAAACUGAUGGGUAGUUUAAAUCACUUUUCAUUUAAAGUAAUUAUUUAUUUAAGUUGAUUGCAGACCACUUUUUGACAGUAUAUUCAGAAACAUUUUGUGUAUUUUCUGGAUCUGAUUUUUUUUUUUUUUAUAUAAAUCAAGCUUCCAGAAUUCCAGCGUUUGUGUAAAUUCAGUAAAUCCAGUUUCCAGCCCAGAUCGUCUGAAAUAGCACACUUUUAAAAUAUCCAAUGUGUAAAUAAUUUGUAUUAAAGUUUGUCAGGCCUUAUCCGAGCGCGCGCGGAGAGAAAUCUGCCGAACUCUAAAAGUUCUAGAUGCACUUUUUUCCUUGAUCUCCACAGAGAAGAGCACCCGAAUCAUCUGCUUUGUUAAAUGUGUAUAUUUGUAAGUUUUGUAAACACUGGCAUGGUGUGUUGUGUUUGCUGCUAUAGCAUGCUGCUUUUAAGUGUGCGAUAUUCCUGCAAUAAAUUAUAAACUUUUUCA